GUUGUUAACGAAUCGAAUUCCUCCCCCUUUUCCCCAUGUAAUAAACUAAAAAUUAUGUUGUUCUUCUUUGUCCUUGCCUAGUCACUUGCUCAUUGGGUUUUUUAAUAUAUUUUGCGGUUUCGAAGAAGAAAAGGGGCAAAACUAAAGUUGCAUUCCGUUGACUCAAGGUCAACCAUGAAUGAAAUUUCUUCUUCAAAUAAUCAAACAGAGGGAGCACAUUUGAGCAUAGCAAUUUAUUACUUGCUUUUGAUUCUUAUAUCCAUCCGCCUUCGAUCGUUGUUCACAAAAUGAAGCCGUUUCAACUUUUGCAUUUACUCGUCUUGAUUAUGCUAGCAAUAACAUUAAUAGAAGCUCAGUUUUACAGCCAGCCACCAUGUAGUUACAAGUGUGGGGAUGUUUCUAUUGAAUACCCUUUCGGGAUUGGGAAAAAUUGUUCUGCCAACGAAUGGUACAGAGUUGAUUGUGAUGCCUCAACACCGUAUUUACCUGCACUCAACAACGCCGAGUUGUUGUAUACUGGAUACAACACAGUCACUGUAAAUAUGUCCCUAAUUAAAGCUGACUGUAAGAAUCCAGUCAAGAAUAGCAGUCUUUUCCUCAGCACCAGCGAUGGCAAAAGUCCCUUCCAAGUUUCCAGAUCGCGGAACAUGUUCAGAUAUAAGGGGUGCGGCCUUCUUGCCAUCAUGGACGAUGGGGUUGUUGUCUCUGGUUGUUCAACGACUUGUGGCGAAGACGCUGUUAGUGACUUAGACUCGUGUUUUGGCAAUCGUUGUUGCCAAACUACAAUUCCUGAUUAUCUCCAGUCGUUUAUCUUCAAUCUAACAGAAUUUGAACGACAGAAUGGAUGUGGGUCUGCCUUCUUGGUGGAUGCAGACUAUGAGAGAAGAUUCCUAAGCCAAUUAGUUGUGGGAGAUCACACUUUUGUUCCAAUAUCACUCUCAUGGAACGAAAUCUUUUCAACAACAUCACCUGAUGAAGAGGAAACCUGUGGGGAUGUCAGGAUUCCAUACCCUUUUGGAAUCAAAAAGAAUUCUUCUCGGGCCGAAUGGUUUAACGUGGUUUGUAAUUCCUCCACCCCGUAUCUACCUGCACUCAACAACGUGGAGGUGCUGGUUGUAAACGCAAGCCAAGGGACGGUCACUGUAAAUGUCCCCAGAUUUUCUGAUUGCGAGAAAAUCAGUUUUUUUCUAGGUAGUAGAACUAGUUUGAAGUUUUCUGCUAUUCAUAGCAUAUUCGUGUUUGAGGGGUGCGGCAGUGCUGCCCUCAUGUUGGAGGAGUGGAGUGACUAUAUUAUCACCGGUUGUUCGACGACUUGUGAUAAUAACACUGUUAGUGACAUACAGAACUGUUUUGGCAUUGGUUGUUGCCAAGCUACUAUUCCUGAUUUUUUUAGCUCAGCGCCGUUUACCAUUAAACGAAAAUACUUGGAAAGGCAGGCUGGAGAUCAAAACUGUGGGUCUGCCUUCGUGAUAGAUAAGAAUUCAUUCAUCGAAGGAAGAUUUUCUCGCCAAUUUGUCCCAGUAACACUUUCCUGGAGAGCAAGCUUCGAUUUAUAUGAUAAAGAAUGCGUAAUUUGUAGAGACAACGGGGGAUUUUGCUACCAUGAUGCUAACGCAAACUCGGGCAUCCGUUGUUUUGUUGAUUUUGGAAGCGUCAAAAAAUUACAUAACGGUGUUAUUCUUGGUGUUAGCAUAAGCAUGGGGUCCCUUUUCCUAAUUGGGAUUGGCUAUGCAUUAUACAAACUAAUCAAGAAAACUAAAGUCAGUAGAAGGAAACGAAGGUGUUUUAAACGUAAUGGUGGUCUACUUCUUAAACAACAAGAAGAAAGUGAUAUUAGUUUAGUUGACAAAACCAUACUUUUCACAUCCAAUGAACUAGAGAAGGCGACUGACAAUUUUAAUGAGAAUAGAAUUCUUGGACGGGGAGCGCAAGGUACAGUAUAUAAAGGCAUGCUAGUCGAUGGAAGGAUUGUGGCAAUCAAGAAAUCGAAGGUGAUUGAUGAAAGCCAACUCGAACAAUUCAUCAACGAGGUAGUUAUUCUUUCGCAAGUCAAUCAUAGGAACGUGGUCAAAUUACUAGGAUGUUGCCUAGAGACCAAUGUCCCACUACUUGUCUCUGAGUUUAUCUCAAAUGGUACCUUGUAUGACCUUAUUCACGAUGAAACUGGUGAGUUCUCAAUCUCUUUCAACAUGAGAUUACAAAUUGCGACAGAUGUUGCAGGAGCAGUUUCUUACUUACAUUCAGCAACCUCCAUUCCUAUAUACCAUAGGGACAUCAAGACUACUAACAUACUUUUGGAUGAAAAGUAUCAAGCUAAAGUUUCAGAUUUUGGAACUUCAAGAUUUGUAUCGUUAGAACAAACUCACUUGACUACGUUAGUCAAGGGGACAUUUGGUUAUUUGGAUCCAGAGUACUUCCAAUCAAGUCAGUUUACUGAAAAAAGUGACGUUUAUAGUUUCGGAGUUGUUUUGCUAGAACUCUUGACAAGCGAAAAGCCAAUUUCCUUAACUAGAUUUGGUGAAAAUAGAAGUUUAGCUACGCACUUUUUGUUAGCCAUGGAAGAAGGUCGUGUGAUGUCUAUUUUUGAUGCAAUGAUUGUUAAGGAGGGUUCUAGGACUGAGUUAUUAGCUGUAGCAAACUUGGCAAUGCGAUGUUUGAAUAUCAAUGGGAAAAAUAGGCCAACAAUGAAAGAAGUCACCAUCGAGUUAGAAGGCAUCAAACGGUCACAUGUUCCCUCUAUGGUUGAAACUAAUAUUGGACAUGUGAAGCAUUGUGAGGAGGUACAACUAUCAUAUGGCGAAUCAACAUCAACAUCGAUGACGUUUGAUUACAACCCUCGUCAAUGAAUGUUGGUAAAUGUUAAGUUUCUAUAAGUAAGUCUUAGUUUCUACUAUUAUAACUAUGUGUUGUUAUAUAAGUUAUCUCUCAAGGUCAAAGAGUUUGGUAUAUUGACUAUAUCUCUUUCUUCUUCCUCCCUUAUUUAGCUUAAGAUUUUGGC